CAUCGUCCACCCACACCCAGUCGAUAUGCCAGAGUACUGCGUAACUGGCGGCACUGGCUUCAUAGCCUCUUACUUGGUCAAGACACUGCUCGAGAAUGGCCAUCACGUUCGCACCACCGUUAGAAACCCAGGAGACUAUGGACGUGUUGGGUUUCUGUGGGAGUUUAAUGGAGCCAAGGAGAGGCUGAAGAUAGUAAAGGCUGAUUUGUUAGAAGAAGGUAGCUUUGAUGAAGCCAUUGAAGGGGUGGAUGGGGUCUUCCACACUGCUUCACCUGUUCUUGUUCCCUACGAUAACAACAUCAAGACAACUCUGAUUGAUCCAAGUAUAAAUGGUACAGUGAAUGUACUAAAUUCCUGUUUAAAAGCAAACAGUGUAAAACGAGUAGUGCUCACCUCUUCCUGCUCUGCAAUUAGAUAUCGUUAUGAUGUCCAACAACUUUGUCUUCUCAAUGAAUCGCAUUGGACAGAUCCCGACUAUUGCAAGCGCUACAACGUAAGAACCAACCCCUCUUUCUCUGUUCUAUUCCAUGUGCAGAGGAAGAUCAAUUCAAUUCAAUCGAUCAAAAUCUUGAGGCUUUUUUUCUCUAUUACUUUCUUCAUUUGGGUAUUUUGGCAGCUUUGGUAUGCAUUUGCAAAAACUCUAGCAGAAAAAGAGGCUUGGCGUAUGGCAGGAGAGCAUGGGAUUGAUCUAGUUGUGGUGAACCCAUCUUUUGUUGUUGGCCCUUUGCUUACACCAAAGCCAACCAGUACACAGCAUCUCGUACUCACCAUUAUGAAAGGUGAAAGAGGAGAAUAUCCAAACUGCACGUUGGGGUUUGUGCACGUAGAUGAUGUGGUAGCAGCGCACAUCUUGGCAAUGGAAAAUCCAAAAGCAUCAGGCAGGAUCAUAUGUUCAAGCACAGUGGCUCACUGGUCACAGAUCAUUGAUACGCUAAGAUCCAAAUAUCCAUCCUACCCAUUUGAAAGCAAGUGCAGCUUCCAGCAAGGAGAGUGCAACCCUCAUAACAUGGACACGAGCAAGAUUUCUGAAUUGGGAUUCCCUGGUUUCAAGACAAUGGAGCAAAUGUUUGACGACUCCAUCAAGAGUUUCCAAGACAAAGGAUUUCUUUGAACUGGAUAAAGCAUUCAAUAAUUUCAAUAGAAACAAUCGAACGAGACUGUUACUUACAGUUUAAUCAAUACAGAAUAAUGUUCAAUUAUUAGAUAUCGUUA